CCCCUCCUCCGCUCCAAGCCCGAAUCCCCAAAACCCUAGCCCAUGGCCGCCGCCUCCCCGACCGGCUCCUCCUCCUCGGCCCCCGCCGCCGCGGUGGCGGCGGCGAUGGCGGCGGCGGCCGAGGCCACCGACGGGCCCACCCUCAGCGUGGUGUCCAAGCGGCUCCGCGCCCUGCGGAAGAAGCACAACCGGAUCCUCCAGAUGGAGGAGUCGCUCGCCGGCGGGAAGAAGCUCAACAGGGAGCAGGAGGAGGUGCUCCGGUCCAAGGCCGUCGUCGUCGCGCUCAUCGACGAGCUCGAGCGGAUGCGCGCGCCGCUCGCCACCGCCCUCGCCGAGGAGCUCGCCUCCCGCCCCGCCCCCUCCCCAUCCGCCGCCGCCGCAUCUUCUUCCGGCCCCGAUUCGUCCGUCGAGGAUCUCCUCCGGCUCGUCUACUUCGGCACCCUCUUCGACGUCAAGCCGCACGACGAGUUCGUCGCCACCAUGGUCGCGCGCACCCACGAGCGGCAGUGCUGCCUCACCUACGACUAUGUCACGGACGAGGCGGCGGACAUUCUCGUCGAGCCCGAUCUCGAUAUGGUCUCCGCUCUGGCCGCCCUUGCCGCCUCACGGCCUGCUGCGGCGGUCGGCGUCUCCCACCGUGACGCCCUCCAAGCCUGUGCUCAGCACGCCCGCCUCUGGCUCCGCCGUGCUGAUGAGCCAAUCCACCCCGAGUCCAGCAUCACUUAUGCUGCGGUUAGGGCAAAGCUCGACAAGAUCAUGGCUUCAGAUUACUACACAGCACAGCCGGAGAUGGGGGCAUCGGUUGAUUUGUCAGCUGCUGUAGGGAGCUAUGGAACUGGCGCUGGUGUGCAGGAGAGCAUGGCUGUGUCACCAGAAGCACCGGCAGUGGAGGAGAGCUUAAUAGCCGAAGGGCACAAGGAUGAGAAGGAGGUUUCACAGGCUCCAGAAAUCUACAAUGACAAUCAGCCCAAUGUAGCUGAUGCGCAGAAUGUGGACGAUGAAGCCCCAGUGAAUCCUGAAGAAUUCUCAGCAGAGGUGGAGCAAGAGAAGUUUGAAGGAGAUGUGGAAGAACAAGAGAGGAAUGCAGAUCAACAGUUCACUUCACGGCGACCUUACCAGAACCAGCGUGGUGGUGGUGGUCGUGGCGGCGGCAGGAGGAGCUACCAGAAUGGGGGCCGUGGUGGACGCGGAGGGCGGAGUAUGGGCGGUGGUGGUGGUGGAUACCAGAAUGGCCGUGGCGGUGGCGGCGGUGGAUACCAGAAUGGCCGUGGUGGGGGUGGAGGGUACUACUACGAGCCUGGAUACUACCAGCAGAGGGGCUACAACAACAGAGGCAGGGGUGGUCGCUCUGGUGGUGGUGGCAACUCUUAUUACAACAACCAAGGGGGAGGUUCGCAGGGAGGUGGCCAUGGGCAUCCCGGGAGGGUUGAGCUGGGCGCAAACGCUUAGCUUCCUAACUAUUUUGCUUAGAGGAGUGAGUGCUACGCGAGGAGAAGACAUAAUCUGUGGGAGCCAUUUUGUUAUUAUAGAACUAACUUAGCCCGUUAUUAUGUCACACUUGCCCCCUCUUUGAGUUAUUUUGUCACUCCAAUGACUUCAUAUGGUUGGUUGGUUGAUAAUGUGGAAAUACUUUCGGGGAGGUAGUUUCAGAUCAUAUUCGUUGUC